UGGAUUAGGUGGGACCCUAGUCGUGGUUUGGCGAACUAGUUUGCGACGCCAAACGUAUAUAUGUAUGAAACCAAUGAGUUUAGACCUUGGGUAACUUCCCUCCUUACUCAGCGCCUCCCUCUUUCUUCUCUGGCUACACUUUUCUCUUUGUCAAUCCUCGCCGAUCAAUCUCCGAAUAUCAAAUGACUCAACAGAUUACAAGUUAAUACUUGACAACCCCAUCAAGCAACGCAGCAAACUCUUAUUGCAUCCAAUAUUUUGGUCAUCUCCGACCAACUGUGACCGACACCGACUAUCCAUAAUUUCGGCAAGAAGGCUAAAGUGGCAUGCGGUCAUUACAGGUUUCCAAGACACGGCUCUUCUCCUCACUGCCAUCUAUUACUCCCCUCUCUGAUGUAGAAACCCAAUUGAGAGCUUUUUGGAAGGACCCGGAUCCUAAAAUUUCGGAGGCGCUUUCGCUUUUUCAUCAUGCCAUACAUUCCAACCGCCUGCCUCCGGGGUCAGCCUCAGCCUGCAACUUCCUUGUAGACACUCUCGCAAGGUCUAAAAAUUAUGAACUAUCAUUCUCAGUUUAUACCAAGAUGACCAAGGUUGGUAUUAUUCCAAGCUUUAUAUCAUUGAGUUGUUUAGUUUCAUAUUUUGUCAAUACGCGUAAGCUAGAAUUCGCACCCGGGGUUUUCGGCUUGGUAUUAAAGCGUGGAUUUCAGUUAAAUGAGUAUGUUAUGAAUCUUGCAUUAAACGGUUUUUGUUCUAAUGAUGAGGUUGACAAGGCAAUUGAGUUGUUUAGUGUAAUGAGAAGACAUUUUGUCAAGCCUGGUAUUCGUAGUUAUAACAUUCUUAUAAAUGGACUUUGCAAAGCGAAAAAGUUGAAAGAAGCAGUGGAAUUGUUGGUUGAUAUGGAGGUGUCGGAUUCUGAACCGAAUGUGGUAACAUACAGCACAUUGAUUAAUGGAUUUUGUAAACAGGGUAGAGUGGACGAGGCCAUGGGUUUCUUGGAGGAGAUGAGGCAAAAGGGUUUGGAAAUGGAUGUUUUUGUAUAUGGGGCCCUUAUAAGUGGUUUUUGUGCUAAAGGGAGUUUUGAUAGAGGAAAACAACUUUUUGAUGAGAUGUUAAACAAGGGUAUUUCUCCUAAUGUGGUUACGUAUAGUUGUUUGAUUAAUUAUCUUUCAAAGACAGGCAAGUGGAAAGAAGUCACUGUGAUGGUAAAUGAUAUGACACAAUGUGGAGUUCCCCCUGAUGCUAUUACUUACACAGGUAUCCUUGAUGGGCUUUUCAAAAAUGGAAUGGCUACAAAAGCCAUGGCGAUAUUCAAUUUAAUGCUAUUGAAGGGUACAGAGCCUAAUAAUGUAACAUACAACGUUAUGAUUGAUGGACUAUGCAAGGAGGGGUUGGUGGAUGAUGCUUUAAAGAUCUUAGAAAUGAUGAAAAGGAAAGGUGUAAAGCCUGAUGUAAUCACUUACAACACAUUACUAAUGGGACUAUCCUGUGAUGGGAAGGUUGAUGAGAUGAUGCAACUUUUCAGUAAGAUAACAAAUGAUGAGAACUUUGUUGAGCCAGAUGUUAUGACAUAUAACAUGCUCAUUUUGGGACUGUGCAAGGAAGGUAAUCUUGAUCAGGCUAUGGAGAUGUAUCAUACAAUGGUUGAAAGGGGCAUUUCUGGUAGCUUAUGUACUUAUAACACUUUGAUCGACAGAUGCAUACAGGAAGGAUUAGUUGACAAGGCCAUAGAAUUCUGGAGACAUGCAGUUGACUUGGGAGUUAUACCUAACUCAAUCACUUAUGGUGUCUUGAUCAAUGGAUUUUGCAAAAAUCAAAUGGUCAGGCUUGCAAAAGGACUUUUUAGUAAAAUGAGAGCUUCUGGGAUUAGUCCUACUGUAAUUGACUACAACACUUUGAUGUCAUCGUUGUGCAAGGAGGGUAGUUUGGAGCAAGCUAGGAUGUUGUUUCAAGAAAUGAGAACUGCAAAUCAUUCACCUUGUGUUGUCUCAUUUAAUACCAUAAUUGACGGACUUCUUAAAGCUGGAGAUAUUAAAUCUACUAAAGAGUUGCUAGAGGAUAUGUUCAAAUUGGGUUUAAUUCCCGAUAGAAUUACUUUCUCUACAUUAGUAAACCGGUUUUCAAAACUUGGGCUAUUGGCUGAGGCUAGAAUGUGCGUUGAGAAGAUGAUUGCUCGUGGUAUUGAACCCGAUGUCUUUGUAUUCGAUUCUUUAUUAAAGGGCUACAGUUCUAAAGGUGAAACAGAAGAAAUUGUUAAUUUGCUUCAUCAGAUGGCAGAAAAGGGUGUUGUUCUUGACAAAGAUAUAACUUCUACAAUCUUGGCGUGCCUCUGUCAAAUCUCUGAUGACGUUGAUGUGAUGGAGGUUCUCCCUACUUUUUCCAAAGAGACAUCGAAAGGAAUAAGCAUUACCUGCAAUGAGCUAUUGAUGAAAGUCAAUAAAUUUUAUCCGGAACUUAAGUUAUGUGCUGCUUGAGAUUCUUCCUCUUGAAGAGGCCUCCCAGUGCCACAGAAGUGUGUUGCUGUCUAUGUGCUAUGCUAUGUUGCUGUGCUGACUGUGUUUGCCUUUUUAUAUGGACGUUUAUAUCUGGUUAUGAGUGGAUUGGAAAUGAAGAUUCUGGAGAACUCCUCCAUACAUAACACUAAGGUUUUUGGAGAGGCUUUGGCUAUGGAGUCUGCUUUUCAACUGGGCUUGUUACCAAUGCUUCCCAUUGUGAUGGAAAUUGGUCUGGAAAAGGGGUUCCACAAUGCCUUGGGUGAUUUCAUACUCAUGCAGCUCCAGCUGGCCUCUGUUUUCUUCACAUUUCAAAUAGGAACAAAAGCACAUUAUUGCAGAAGGACAAUCUUACGUGGAGGAUUAAAACCCAAAGCAACUGGCCAUAAUUAAGUUAUUCUCCAUGCAGAAUUUGCUGAUAACUACAGUUUGUACUCGCGCAGCCACUUUGGGAAACCGUUAGAACUGUUUAUUCCGCUGAUUAUGGAGUCUAUGGGGAGUCCUAUAAAAGUUCAAAUCUUUUUUUGUUCUUCACUUUCUCCAUGUGGUUUCUUGUAUUUUCGUGGUUAUUUGCUCCUUUUUUGAUGGGAAGAGAACUGUAGAUGAUUGGAUGGAUUGGAAGAGGUGGAUGGGAAUUGAUGUCUGACCGGAAGAAAGUUGGGAAUCAUGGUGGGACGAAGAAUAGGAACACCUCAAACACAUGGGUAUCAGGUGAAGAAGGUUACACUUGCAGUCCACUUCUUUGUUUACCACCUGGAAUCCUGGAUAUAGCUCACCACAACAAAGACUACGGGUUUAUGGACCUUUUUGGGCUGUUGUGGUAUCUGUCCUUUCUCAUCUUUAAGAUGGUUUCUACGCGGAGACGAAGAUUUUACACCAACUUUCAGCUCAAGUUCAGGAUACUGAAGUUGCUUCUUUUUCUUGGCUACAUGUCAAUCAUGAGCGUCUUGUUUGUAUUUUGUGAUCUCACUAUUUCAGAUCUAUUUGCUGCUAUGCUUGCUUUCUUUCCCACAGGGUGGGCCCCUCUUCAGAUAGGACAAGUAUGCAGCGUGAUGUUCAGGAGCCAAUUCAAGGAUUCUCAGAAUCGAUAAAUGAGUUUGGAAGAGCAUACGAUUAUAUAACGGGAGUGAUAAUCUUCAUGCCCAUUGCCAUUUGUCAUGGUUCCUAUUUGUAUCAAAAUGCCAAACACGCUUGCUCUUUAUCCUAGCAUCAAGUAGAGGCCUAUAAAGGUCCAAUGGUUCUUGCAGGGAGGUAGUUAGAUCACACAGCAUCAAUCUACUCUAGAGUUCCUGUCAUCUACACUUUCAUUUUUCUUGUUCCAACAUCUUAUUGUGGCAGUUGGCAUACAACUGGUUCCCUUCUUUUUUGUUUUUAAUCAAAUAAACAGCUAAUAUACAACUAGUCUAUUGUGAGUCAAACUCACGACCUCC